UGGAAGGGGGGAGGCUCCCGUGACGUCACCACGCUCUGUCCCCUGACGUUGUCAGAACUCUGGACCCUGUGGACUGCACCGGCGGGGAAGUUAGCAAACCAGUGAUUCAAACACAGUUUUCCUCUAAAUACCGCGGUUCAGUCAGAUCAGAGAUGGCUCUCACUCAGGUGUCCUCCAACAAAUGUGCCGGUGGUUUCCAGAAGGUUUUCGAGCACGACAGCACGGAGCUCAAGUGUAAGAUGAAGUUUGCCGUCUACCUGCCUCCAAAGGCCGAAACCGACAAAUGUCCCGUCAUGUACUGGCUCUCAGGUCUGACCUGCACUGAGCAGAACUUCAUCACUAAAGCUGGGAGUCAGCUCGCUGCUGCAGAGCACGGCAUCAUCAUCGUCGCCCCUGACACCAGCCCACGUGGCUGUAACAUCGAGGGGGAGGACGAGAGCUGGGAUUUUGGGACCGGAGCUGGUUUCUACGUCGACUCCACCCAGGACCCCUGGAAGACCAACUACCGCAUGUACUCGUACGUCACAGACGAGCUCCCCAAACUGAUCAACGCUAACUUCCCCACCGCCCCAGACAGGAUGUCUGUCUGCGGUCACUCCAUGGGCGGACACGGGGCGCUCAUCUGUGCCCUGAAGAAUCCUGGGAAAUACAAGGCUGUGUCUGCCUUCGCUCCCAUCUGUAACCCGAUGCAGUGUCCGUGGGGACAGAAAGCCUUCUCGGGAUACCUGGGCUCUGACAGAUCCACGUGGGAGGUGUACGAUGCCACUGUGUUGGCGGGGUCGUACUCCGGACCUCAGCUCGACAUCCUCAUCGAUCAAGGCCGUGACGACCAGUUCCUGUCGGCCAGCCAGCUGCUGCCCGACAACCUGAUCGCCGUCUGCUCCGAGAAGAAGAUCCCCGUUGUCUUCAGACUGCAGCCGGGCUACGACCACAGCUACUUCUUCAUCUACUCCUUCAUCAACGACCACAUCAAGCACCACGCCAAGUACCUGAACGCCUGAACGACGCCAGACGCUCUGUCAGACACGCCUUCAGCCUCUACAGCACUUAACUGAUUUUUUAAAAGCAAACGUCAGAUAUCUGAGGAAACUUCCAUGUGAACAUUACCCUUUCAGAAUAAAAUCCUCAGUUAUUCAUGUG